AGCGUUCAAGUUCACUGUGAGUUAUAUGAUUGUUAUUUUACUUGUUUUGUGUUAUUGUUAUCAAUCGAAGAUACUUUUCAAGAUUUCCUGAAGAUAAAAUGCAGCCAGCAGUUGCCAAAAAUUAUACUCACAGCUUCAUCAGCAACCCACAUUGUCUUCGCUUCUAGAAAAAAUGCAUCAUGUUGAUGUCCAUUAAAAUAUAUUUCUUUGUGGAGAAAUGGAAGAUCCAGAGAAAAGAUUUGAAUGUAAUAUUUGCAGCAAACGUUUCAAUUCGAAACAGGGUAUGAAAAGGCACAUGUUAUCGCACACUGGUGAGAAACCUUUAAAAUGUGACAUUUGCAGCAAACUAUUCACGACGAAACGAAAUUUGCGCAAUCACAGUUUUUUGCAUACGGGUAAAAAACCCUACGAAUGUGAAGUUUGCAGCAAACUUUUCAUCACGAAACAGUGUUUGAAAGGGCACAUCAGUAUUUCGCACAGAGGUGAAACACCUUUCAAAUGUGAAAUUUGCAAUAAGAUAUUCACCGCGAAACAGAAUUUGCAGAAGCACAGUAUUUUGCACACCGGUCAAAAACCUUAUGAGUGUGAAAUUUGCCACCAGAAGUUUACCGCUGGAUAUGGUUUGUUCAAGCACACCAUGUUGCAUACUGGUGAGAGGCCUUACGAAUGUCAAACAUGCCACAAAAAGUUCACCACUAAAUGGAACUUGGACAAGCACAGUAUCAUGCACGACGACGAAAAACCAUACGCCCACGAAUGUGACAUAUGCCAUAAAAGGUUUGUCUAUAAGCACAGUUUGACCAGACACCACUUUUUGCACACUGGUGCGAAACCUUUCCAAUGCGAUAUCUGCCACAAGACGUUUCCGUUCAAGAGAACUUUGGCACAACACAUAAACCAACAUACCGGUGUGAAACCUUACCAAUGUGAUGUUUGCAACAAGAAGUUUGCAUUCAAGAACGUCUUGACUAGGCACAAUAAUAUGCACGCUCGUGAACGCUCUUCCAGCUGCGAGAUUACCCAGAAAAAGCUUCCCAACAAGGACUAUUCAAAAGAGAAACAUUCUGUGCACCUCGAAUCACACAAAGUGACGAGCGAAUUUGACAGUGAUGUCAAACAAGAAUGUGAUAACGAAAUUGAGUAUUCUGAAAUUAAAUUGGCACCGCAAGGAGUCGAAAAACCAAUAGAAACGAAAGAAGAAGAGGAAGAAGAGAGUGAGAUUUGCCAUGAAACAUAUUCCAACGGGGAAGAUUCGAAUUUACACCCUGAAUCACACAAAGUGAAGAGUGAAUUUGACAGUGUUGUCAAACAAGAAUGUGAUAACGACAUUGGGUAUUCUGAAAUUAAAUUUGAACCGCAAGGAGUCAAAAAACCAAUACAAACAAAAGAAGAAGAAGAGAGUGACAUUUUCCAUGAAACAUAUUCCAAUGAGGAAGAUUCAAAUUUACACCUUAAAUCACACAAAGUGACGAGUGAAUUUGACAGUGUUGUCAAACAAGAAUGUGAUAACGAAAUUGAAUAUUAUGAAAUUAAAUUGGCACCGCAAGAAGUCAAAACACUAAUAAAAACAAAAGAAGAAGAAGAGGGUGACAUUUGCCAUGAAACAUAUUCCAAUGAGGAAGAUUUGAAUCGCACAAAGUGAAGAGUGAAUUUGACAGUGUUGUCAAACAUGUUACUUAUAUAGAUCUUGAAUAUCGUGAAAUAAAAUUGAAAAAUCUUG